AUGCUUCCCUCAUCGCCCUCCUUUUUGUCCUCAUUUGAUCCUGCCCUCCAUCUCCACUCCGAAGACCCGGGGAACACAAAUUGCCCCCAAUCUGAGUCGUUCUCCGACGAUCUCGAGGCAAUCAAUCUACACCGUUUGGAACAAACCCGCAACCGAGUGGUAAUUCAGCAUCGCGCGUGGGACCUAUCUGAUGUAUUCCGAAGUGAAGACGACACAAGACCCUUAGAUACGCCGACAAAAGCCUCCGUCAAGACUCCCAGGCCACGUCCUUACACCACGGCUCAGAGCGUUUCGUAUCUGCCAUCCUCUCCACCCACUCCAAAGAUGCCAUUCCUCUCAUCUCAAGGAGCGCAAGGCUCUACCCCUGGCAAUGCUGUCAGCGAUGCGCAGAAGAGAAAGGCCGCCGAAGGAGGUUCACAAUCGACAGAACCGAAGCGGCAGCGUAUGGUCGGAGGUUUCAUUGACGAGGAUGAUGACGAUGACGAGGAUGAGGAUGGCCUUGCCGCACUCAGAGAUCAGGAGCUAAAUGACCAAUUCGACCUACCAGAGCACCACACCCAAGAACCUUCCGCGGAGCUCGCCAGUCUAACAGCACUACCGCAAACACACUCUCAACCGAACCCUACGAUUGAAACUGCACCAGUGAUUCCUAGGCCGAUAACAGGGCUGACAUCUCGGCCAGCCCCCAAAGCCCCCAAAAGAUUUCAGAUCAAGACGUGCUCUGGAAAGACCCACAAUGUGGUUACGAGGAAGGCGCAAGCUCCCAUGUCCUACGAACAGAUCAUCGCUAGUAGGUCUGAGUCAGAGCCUGGAAAGGCAAAGAAGAGCUAUUAUGGUAUAGACAUCCACAACUUGUUGGAUGAGGCAGCGAAGGAGACAAAAUCCUCGAAGCCUACCUCUCCACCAAAAAUCCACAGAACCAUAGAAAGCGAUGUCGGAGAUCCAAAGCAGAAGAAAAAAGACUCUGCAAUGUGGACUGAGAAAUACCGUGCUCGCAAGUUCACAGAUCUGAUUGGUGAUGAACGCACGCACCGAUCAGUGCUGCGCUGGCUCAAGGGCUGGGAGCCAAUUGUGUUCCCAGGCCUGGCCAAGUCUCGAGGAAAGAAAUUCGCCCAAGAAGACGAAGAGGAGUACAUGCAUCGCAAGGUUCUUCUGUUAAGUGGGCCUCCUGGGCUCGGGAAAACAACACUCGCGCAUGUAUGCGCCAGACAAGCAGGCUACGAAGUCCUCGAAAUCAAUGCAAGUGAUGAUCGCAGCAGAGAUGUGGUCAAAGGCCGUAUCCGUGAUGCCCUGGGCACAGAGAAUAUCAAAGGCAUGAACGUGGAAGUUGGUGAGCAAAAGGUCCGACGCGCCGGAAAGCCCGUCUGUGUUGUGGUAGACGAAGUUGAUGGCGUGACUGGUGGUUCAGGAGGCAGUGGUGAGGGUGGAUUCAUGAAAGCACUUAUUGACCUUGUCUUGCUGGACCAAAGGAACACCAAACUGUCUGCAGAGGGAAACACGGCAAAGAAGCGCAAGGGCGAUAACUUCCGAUUCAUGCGGCCAUUGAUUCUGGUUUGCAAUGACCUUUAUGCCAGCAGUCUUCGCCCUCUUAGAGCAUCUUCUAUUGCGGAGAUGAUCAGUGUUCGCCAAGCUCCAUUGGAGAACGUUGUGCAAAGAAUUAAAUUCAUCUUCGGCCGCGAAGGUAUCCCGUGCGACAACGAUGGGGCUCGAAGACUCUGCGAAGCUGCGUGGGGCAUGGUCAGCAAGAAACAGCGCAAUGCCAAAACUACGGGAUCCGCCGAAGGUGAUAUUCGAAGUGUCCUUGUGGCCGCAGAAUUCGUAGCCCACAAGCUUCGAAACGAGUCAGUACCAUCUUCGAUCAAACUCUCGAGAAAUUGGCUUGAACAAAAAGUCCUGAAUGCCUCAACCGAGGGAAGUGCGUUCUUCAAAGAAUUGAGCCGCGGAGGUGUUCGUGAGAUCGUCAACCGUGUCUUUACAGAGGGUGCUGGCUUCUCAGAUGCGCCAACCAACAUGAGCUUCCAGGACAAAUUUGGCGAAUCCGCCAGCCGUGUCCCUGUCGGUGUGGCAGAUCUGCGCAAGCGACAUGCAAUCAAUCGAUUGCGAGAAAUGGUUGAUUCCAGUGGCGAUCACGACCGCUGUGUGUCCGACUGUUUUGCUUCAUACCCCAUACAACAGUAUCAAGACGACAACUACUUCUCCAAGCCGAAUUCAGCCCAUGACUGGCUUCAUUUCCAUGAUUUGAUCAGCUCGAAAGUAUAUUCAUCACAAGAGUGGGAAUUGAUUCCUUAUAUGAGUCAGGCGGUUGUCGGAUUCCAUCAUCUCUUUGCCACUGCCAGUGGCAGGACCACCGAGGAUGACAAAAACGACGACGAGAAUGCAGAAGAGCCUCAUCCUUUCUCGGGCCCCAGGGCCGACUUUGCUGCCUUUGAAGCCCAGAAGCAGAACCGCGCGGCCUUGACUGCAUUCCAUGCAAGUUUCUCAGCGCCAAUGGCUCGUAUGUUCCGCUCUAGCGAGAGCGUUAUCACCGACCUGGUGCCUCACUUGGUUCGCAUGUUAUCACCAGACGUCAAACCUGUGAUCAUCCGCGGGAACGGAGACUCCAGAAGCACAGCGAGCGUUCGCAAAGAAUCCGAACGUGCACUUGUCACAUCUGCCGUGCGAGUCAUGAGUGGAAUGGGAGUGAGAUUCGAGAAAGUCCGCGUGGAACACGAAGGAAGUCAUGGCGGAUGGGCGUACCGCAUGGAACCCCCAAUUGAUUCACUCGUUGCCUUCUCAAAGGCCAAAGGAAGUAGCGCCGAGUCGGGUAGUACAGCGCCGGUCCGCUACGCUGUCCGCCAGGUUCUGGACCAAGAACAUCACAAAGCGACCAACCGAAGCAAAUCCGACCCGGCAGAUGUAUCAAAGACUGGUCCCAAGGCCCGGGGUAAAGCUGAUGACGGGGCCGCAGCUAGAGCGCUUCGUGAAGCAGCUGUCAAGCGCGAUUUCUUUGGCCGGGUCGUUGAGCAGCCUGCACCGCAGCCCAAGGACCCGAACAGUGCUGAGAGCUGGGUGGACGAGUCGUCUAAGGCGGGACGCAAAGUCUGGGUCACUUUCCAUGAAGGUUUCUCGAACGCUGUUCGCAAACCGAUAUCUAUGGGGGAACUGCUGACCGGGUUGUAA